GAGAGGGGUGAGGCCCCACCCAUUUCCCUCCCCAAUCCCACCGGUGGCGGGCCGCCCGCCGCCCCUCUCCGGCGACGAAUCCGGCGGCGGGUACUGCUCUCCGUCGAGCCAGGCGGAGGAGAGCGUGGUCGGCCGACGCUCGCGCGCGCGGGGAAGCCGGGCGCCUGCUCCCACCGCUGGCGGGCUGCCUGCCGCGCCUCCCCGGGGAGGAAUCGACGGGCGGGCGCGUCGACUCCGGCCAGCCUCUCCGUCGAUGCGGACGGCGGAAGAAGCAGCCCGAGCAGCGUGGAGCGGGAAUCGGUGUCAGCAAACGAGCACGCUUCUCUCAGGCCGUUCGUCGUAGAGGCAAUGGACGCGAUACACGAGAUGGAGGACGCCUACAAAAAUUCUGCAGCCAUUGCUGGGAACACCGCGACAAUGUUAGAAGCUGUCUCAAAGGCAGCCCUUUCAACUAGCGCUGCGCACUUGGUGCAGAUCGCGAGUCAAGUCGCAGGGAUAGCUGAUGAUUCGAUUGCUAGUAAGGUCAAGCUCGUCAAAGCUGCUCGUCGACUAUCUCGAAUAGAAGCUUCUGGAAGGGCUCAUGUCGUACGCGAGCUUAUACUUGAGUCCGCCGCACUUGCACGAGAAGCUGAGAAUGUAGGAAACCAGAUCCUUAGGUGCAGUGCCAUUGACUUGGGAAAUGCUGGGCGCUCUUUCCUACAACUCGCUGCUUUGCAGAACAUGGAUGGACUGGUGGAAGAGCAAGCCGACCAAGAUAAUGAGGAAGUCCCAGAGCAACCGACAACCUGGAUCUCUUCAUGGUGGUCCAAAAGGAAAAGAAUGAGAGAUAUUGAAUCUUUGGAGGCUCCUUUGCUAAAUCCAGCUGCCUCAAUGGUCAGGGACAAUACCUCUACCACUGUUCCACAGGGCCAAGGGAGGCUAUGUGACAAGUGGCUAGGCAUGCAGACAUGCGCCCUUGCAAUGUCUCUCAGUUUGCUCCCCUACAUGGGAAGAGAUGGCCUUUUUAAGGAUAAAACAAUUUUCUCAAGUAAUUAUCUGUGGCGGGUGGAUUUGCUAUUCAAGUUGUGGUGGGGCUUGGUAGCUCUUGGCGUGCCUUGCAGUUUGUAUGGCCGCGGUUGUAUGGCGCAGCAGUAUGCCCGUGUGUCCGGCCACUUGGCAAUACUUGGCCUGACUUUUCUUGUUGGCAUGUUCUCUCAUUGGAUACUGGAGAUCGAGGCGAUUGAGGCGGCAAUACUGUUGAAAUCUUUUCUUGGCCUUACAACCGCGGGUUUUAUUUGCUUGUUCAUAGCUUGCUGCGCAGCGGGUGACCUGUGAUGCUUCAGGAGCAAAGGAAUUUCGGGAGAAGAUUGACAGCAUUGGUGGUAUUUUGGAGAAGCAAAUUGUACAUUAGCAGGAUUCACAUUGCGCUACUAAAAGUGAACGUUCUUGUCGUUACAACUGUGGGUUUUACUUGCUUGUUCAUAGCUUGCUGCGUGGAGGGGCACCUGUGAUGCUACAACAGCAAAGAAUUUUUGGGGGAAGAUUGACAACAACGGUGGUGUUUUGGAGAAGCAAACUGUACAUUACUAGGAUUCACACUGCAGUGCAUGUGCUGCUCAUGAGGGCUACUAAAAGUGAGCGUGUGAUACACGCGGGCCGUUAAGCAGUAUUCAUCAUAGAUUUGGUACAUAUCGCCAUGGAAGGUUGUGUGAUGUGCAAUACCGUGACUGCAUAACUCUUUUUUUUUUUGACUUUAGCCCGUCUAACUUCGAUAGUCAACACUAGGUGAAUUGGUGCUCCACAGUGUUAAUAAAGCGCUAAUCCCCUUUUUAGAUGUUAUUUGCUGGAUGCUGUAAUACAUUCAUACGACAUAUACCAGCGA